UAUCUGCCUUUGCCUAGCACAGAAGUCUUGUUUUGAAAUGUUCUAUUAUCUCACAGGAAAUACUAUUUCUUAAUAAUUGAUUUAAAAGGAAUAAAUGCAUUUAGGUGCUGUCCUCGACCUCGAAUUGUUUUGCUUAGCAGCGGAUUAAGGUCUUUUAUUUCUCUGUUUGUGUGUGCCCUUUUGUGACAGGAGGCUAACUUAAGGCUGGAGUAUGGCCUGAACAUUUACCAUUAAAGGACACUCACUGGGACAAGCACAUCUGUCGACCGCCGACAGAAACAGGAAACGUGAGGUCGUCAUGGGGAGCAAAGUCAGCUCCAAAAUGGCAGCUCCGACAGCCCGAGUUAUCCAGGCGAUUCGGCCUCACGCUCCUCUGAUCAAGUUCCCCAAAAGACAAGACCUCCCAAAGCCCAAUGCCCAAGAAGCAUUGAAGUCAAUAGCAGUAAAUUUAGCACCGCACAACGCUCAAGCCUCCCCUCCAGCUGCAGCACCCCCUCAGAUAUCAAGAUCUCAUGUACCUUUGACCCCAGUACCUGGCACGCCGGACACCCUGGCCUCUAUUCAGCUACUCACUGCGAGGUACCGCAGGAGGCCGCUGACAGAAAACGAAAUGGAAUUCAUCCAGCGCGGUGGACCAGAGUAACGAGACACGACUCACUGCAGCCAAAGUCCUUUUCAGUUGGAGAUCCGUAUGUGUUUCAUUCUGUUCCUCAGCACAGAGAACCUAAUGCCACAUGAGACAUGAUGUAGAAUAAACUAUUACAGAAAUCCUGUUAAAAUGCUACUAUAUGUUUAUUUUUACACGUUAAUGUAUUUUAAGUUUGUACUUAAGGGACGUCUUUAUUCUGUUACAGAAGUCGUAAGAAACUAAAUUAGCCUCCCAGUUUUUCCCAGAUUGACUUUACUGUAGUAUAAUUAUUCUUCAAAGAUCUGUCUUGGGGUUAACUUCUGGUUUCAUGUUCUGGUAACCUUCACAUAUUGAGAUUUUAAAUUGGUUUGAGUUUCUCUUUUAGAACCACAACACCCGCAACUAAUGAAUGAUUGAGGUAAAUUAUUGCUUUAUUGUCACAUCUUUUCCUGCAAUAAACUGCCAACACUAUCGAGGUAUAUCAAUUCACAAGGGCACGUAGCAAAGAUGGUGUCGACUUUAUGUGAACUACUGCAUUUAAAAUAUUAAAAGAGAAUUGUCUUUUGA